AUGGCAAGCACACAAAAAUUAGUUCUUGGAGUGUUGAACGUUAGAUACAACUUUCAUUUUGCAGGUCUCCUCCUCAUAAUAUUUGUGAUUGCUUCUGUUUACCUAACAGGGGGUAAUCAAUGCUUCCGGGGACUGCUGACGAUGCCUAAUGGUUUUGUCCAGCACUGUGAUUUGUUUUCAGGAAGAUGGGUUUAUGAGAACGUAUCAAACCCUCUGUACAAAUGGAAACAAUGUUCUUUCAUGGACGACGACUUUGCAUGUGAGAAAUAUGGUAGGAAGGACUUGGAUUAUCAGAAAUGGCGAUGGCAGCCUCAUGAUUGUGACCUUCCAAGGUUCAAUGCUAUUGCAUUGUUGAAGAAGUUAAGAGGGAAGAAGCUUGUGUUUGUAGGGGAUACUUUGAAUCGUAACCAAUUCAUGUCAAUGCUUUGUCUAAUUGAGUCCUCGAUCCCUCAAUCAUCAUCUAAACUAUCACUUGUCCGGAAAGGCAACUCCAUCAUCUUUAAGGCCACUGAAUACAAUGCCACAAUCGAAUUCUAUUGGGCUCCUUUUCUGGUUGAAUCUAAUUGCGAUGACAUGGGAAUUCAUGGUCUACAAGAUUGCAUAAUUAGAAUUAAGGCAAUUGAAAAGCAUGCUAGGUACUGGACAGAUGCAGAUAUACUCGUAUUUGGUUCCUUUGCGCGGUGGUUGGGGUCGAAAAUGACACUUCUAUGGGGAUCAUUUGGGAGCUCUGAUGCAAUCUAUAAAGAAGUCGAGAUGAGGCUGCGUGUGUAUGAGAUGGCUUUGAACACAUGGUCAAACUGGUUAGAAAACCACAUUAAAAGAACUAAAACAAAGUUAUUCUUCAUGAGCCUCUCACCUUAUCACAACUUUGGUGAAGAUUGGGGCAUGGAUACUGGAGGAAAUUGCUACAAUGAAACCGAGCCAAUUUUGAACGAGGGGCACUGGGGAAGUUUAACAGAUCGUGGAACGAUGCAGAUAGUAGAGUCAGCUAUACAGAAGCUCGAAACAAGAGGUUUAAAGGUACAUUACCUCAAUAUAACACAAUUGUCGGAUUACAGGAAAGAUGCUCACCCUUCUGUCUAUAAGAAAUUUUGGGUGAAUCUAACUGAAGAACAAUUAGCAAACCCCAUGAGUUACUCAGAUUGUGGCCAUUGGUGUCUUCCAGGAGUGCCUGAUGUUUGGAAUACAAUUCUCUUUUCCUACAUUAUGCAUUCAUGA